AAAAAGUGUUCAUAACUGAAAUCUCGGGCAUUUGAUAAGGAGCUAAGCGCCAAAAACGUUGCGAAAUCAACGAAGAUGGGACGGGAGGUGGUUCUGCUACUUCUCUACUUUUCGAUUUCUCUGCAAGUGAGAAGGCUCUCUUCUUCUUCGAUUUCUGCUCCUCUACACUUUCAGGGCAAUAGAGAAUCUGCAGCUGCAAGAAAUGUAAACCUGGAGCCGGAGGAUGCUCACCAAACACAUUGCUCUAGAGAAAGGAGUAGGGCAGCAUGGGAAUUAAUUGAGGAGUAUUUGAUGCCCUUUGUGGAGAAGGAACGAUAUCAGAUAUCUACUAGAUGUAGGCUUCACCCUGAUAACGAUCUGUACAGAGAUCAGGAAAGGCACAAGUUCCAUGUACAACUUAAUGAGUGGCAAUGUGGGUACUGUAAGAAGACCUUUUAUGAAGAGAAGUAUCUUGAUAAGCAUUUUGAAAGCAGACAUUAUGAUUUACUGAAUGCGACUCGCAGCAGGUGCUUGGCAGACCUAUGUGGUGCAUUGCACUGUGACCUUGUUAUGGGUUCCCAGCCACGGAAGACUAAAUGUAAUCCUGCUGCUGUGGCAAGGAAUAAGCAUCUUUGCGAGAGUCUAGCUGAUGGCUGUUUCGCAGUUAACGAGGGUCCCUCAGCUAGCCGUCUUCACGAAUUCUUUUUACGCCAGUUCUGUGAUUCCCAUACUUGUGCUGGAGGUCAGAAACCCUUCUCUAAAGGACGCAAGAAGAAGAGAAGUACACUCUAUAUUGCUUUUGCAAUAUUGCUUUUGAUGCUGCUGCCACUGUUCUACACUUUCAUUUACUUGUACCAGAGGGGAAUUAAAAGGGGCACCCAAGGGCUGAAACGCAUCUCGGAAAUCAUACAGAAGAGAAAGCAUCCAUGAUGGGUUUAGUUUGAUACUCGUUUAUAACAUUGGGUUUCUCUUUGGCUUGGAUUUUACAGUAGAAGAGAUGCAGAGAUGAGGGAAAAACAUCCUUCCACACCUGGAAGUUAUAUACUGUUAGAAUUUUUACUUCUGACGAUCAUCAAUGUAAGAAGCUACAAGAAAUUCUCUGAGCAUCUGAACUCGACUUGACUAUUAUAUCCUGCAAGUUUUUGGAUGUCCACAUUCUUUGAAGUA